AAUGUAGAAGAAGAGCACAGAUGACGGCAUAAACGAUCACAUGACGCAUGCUGAUAAUUGCUGAGCCAAACAUAACUCAUUCGACAGUUGAAGAGACAGCCAGUCACUGACACUGUUCUGUUUCCCACCUGUGUGGCUCAAAGUUUCAAGUGGUAGCACUGCAUUGCAUCACAGUUUUAACUGGUUAAGAAAAAAGAAACAAUGGCGAUGGUCUCUAUGUCAUUUUCUCUUCCUAACCUUAACCUACGCCGAGUCAACCGAUACUCUGGAAUGGCAUUUGCAAGUGUAAAUAAAGAAACUAGUACAACUGUAGGUGUGAGAGUCACAGAAGGUGAAGGUAACUUGCCCAAGGUUGUCCUCACUUCUCCUCAUGGUAGUGAGGCAGAGAUAUAUCUAUUUGGAGGUUGCCUUACAUCUUGGAAAGUUCCCAAUGGAAAAGACCUCCUUUUUGUUAGGCCGGAUGCUGUGUUUAACAAGAAAAAACCAAUCAGUGGAGGUGUGCCACAUUGUUUCCCACAGUUUGGCCCCGGUGCUAUUCAGCAGCAUGGAUUUGCUAGGAAUUUGGAUUGGUCAGUUGUUGAUUCUGAUAAUGCCGAUGGCAAUCCGGUGGUAACCCUUUUGCUCAAGGAUGGUCCUUAUAGUCGUUCCAUGUGGGACUUCGGUUUUCAAGCUCUAUACAAGGUCAUUCUAAAUUCAAAGAGCAUUUCCACAGAACUGACAAUCACAAAUACCGAUAACAAGCCAUUUUCAUUCACUAGUGCUUUGCACACAUACUUCAGUGCAUCUGUAACAGGAGCAUCUGUGAAAGGUUUGAAAGGUUGCAAAACCCUGGACAAAGAGCUGGAUCCUACCAAUCCAGUGGAGGGCAAGGAAGAAAGGGAUGUGGUGAUUUUCCCUGGAUUUGUAGACCGAGUUUAUCUUGAUGCUCCAAGUGAGUUGCAGCUAGAUAAUGGCUUGGGCGAUGUAAUAACUAUCAAGAAUACAAAUUGGUCAGAUACUGUUUUGUGGAACCCGCAUCUGCAGAUGGAAGCAUGCUACAAAGAUUUUGUUUGUGUUGAAAAUGCACAGAUUGGAAAUGUCCAGCUAGAGCCUCAGCAGUCCUGGACAGCUAAGCAGCAUCUUAGCAUUGACUGAAGGAUAGCUGCCUUUUGUUUUCAGCUUUUGUAGAAUAAUACCAUCGUCCUACUUUUUUUUCAUUUGAUUCCUGUUUCCAGUUUUGCCAAACUUUCCAUUAUAAAGCAAUAACGGUGUUUAAUUUUCUUCGCAAUGUCAUUUAUAAGGUUAUGUAAAUGAAAGGCCUAAACGCAGCGGCUGUUGUAGUCAUUGUCCCUCACUCUUUCCUUAUCAGUAAUACAUACAUCAAUGAAGGGCGUUAGCAUUUUGUUGAAA